GGGAUUAUACAGUCGCUAUCGCAUAAAUACGGACAAUCUCUGAGGAAUUAUCAUCAGUCUUCGACACUCCAAUCAAGAGAGUACAGCUACAAGUACAACAAUACUACAUAUUUAUCACAACCAAUAAAAUGGCCGCUAAGUUGAUCAUCUUCGCCGCUUGCGUGGCUUCUGCUCUCUCUCAAUACGCCGCUCCCGCCUACAAGCCAGCCCACUAUGCACCGGAACCCCAAUACGCACCUGCACCGUACAGCUUCGAAUACAGCGUAAACGACCCAAGCACAUACGACGUCAAGAGCCAAGCCGAAUACAGCGACGGCAAAACCGUCAAGGGAUACUACAGCUUGGUCGAAGCCGACGGCACCAAGAGGAUCGUCGAGUACACCGCCGACGACUACGGUUUCAACGCCGAAGUCAAGAAGGAAGGAACCCCGUCUUACAGCUCUGCCCCGGCCUACAGCAAGCCAUCUUACUCUGCCCCCGCAUACAAACCCGCCUACUCUGCACCAGCUCCGGCUUACCCAUCACCCUCGUACGCCGCCCCGGCUUACAAACCAGCCCCAUACAAACCAUACUAAGUGACAUAACAAUUCAUUCGCCUUUGCAUGGAAGGUAUUGUAAACUGUUAUGCACCCGACUCCGUUUCCUGACGAACAACUGCAGUCAAAUAUGUAUUAUAAACCAAAUUGAAUUAUUUAUUUAAUUUAAUAUUUAUGUAUUAUAUUGAAUAAAGUUUUAUUUAUUUGCUCAUA